CCUGCUCACGGAUGCGCGCCGCGGGUCUGCGGACCGACCUCGGGGCCAGGGACUGCGUGGCGUGGCUGAGUUUAGACCACACACACCCCCUGUGUGGAGGUGGGGGACCUCUUCCUGAGCUAGAAGCUGAACGGAAGCUCCUUGGCUCUCACAGAGCAUUCUGGAACAUAUAAAGAGCGUGCAGGGGAGCCGGGAUUCGGGGGCGAUGGCCGUGGCGCUGCUGGAGGGCUGGUGCAGGAUCAUGAACGUGGAUGACCAGAAGGCGCUGAUGGUGACGGGCGUGCCCGUGGACUGUGAGGAGGCCGAGGUCCAGGGCGUGCUGCAGGAGGCCUUCAAGGCACUGGGCGGGUACCGACUGCUGGGCAAGAUCUUCCGCAAGCAGGAGAACGCCAACGCCGUCCUGUUGGAGCUGCUGGAGCCCACCGAUGUGUCCGCCAUCCCCACCGAGGUGCAGGCCAAGGGGGGUGUCUGGAAGGUGAUCUUCAAGACCCCCAACCAGGACACGGAGUUUCUGGAGAGACUGAACCUGUUUCUGGAGAAGGAGGGACAGACGGUGUCCGGCAUGUUCCGGGCCCUGGGACAGGAAGGGCUGUCGCCGGCCACCGUGCCCUGCAUCUCGCCCGAGCUGCUGGCGCAUCUGGUGGGGCAGGCGGUGGCCCACGCCCCGCAGCCCCUGCUGCCCAUGAGGUACCGCAAGCUGCGGGUGUUCUCGGGCAGCCCGGCGCCCGCGCCGGAGGAGGAGCCCUUCGAGGUGUGGCUGGAGCAGGCCACGGAGAUCGUCAAGGAGUGGCCGGUGGCCGAGGCGGAGAAGAAGAGGUGGUUGAUGGAGAGCCUGCGCGGGCCGGCGCUGGACCUCAUGCGCAUCCUGCAGGCCGACAGCCCGGCCGGUGGCGUGGAGGAGUGCCUGGAGGCCUUCAAGCAGGUGUUCGGCAGCCUGGAGAGCCGCCGCACCUCGCAGGUGAGGUACCUGAAGACCUAUCAGGAGGAAGGGGAGAAGGUCUCGGCCUACGUGCUCCGGCUGGAGACCCUGCUCCGGAGGGCGGUGGAGAAGCGGGCCAUCUCCCGGAGCAUCGUGGACCAGGUGCGCCUGGAGCAGGUGAUGGCCGGCGCCAGCCUGAGCGGGGCCCUGUGGUGCCGGCUCCGGGAGCUGCAGGAGCAGGGGCCCCCGCCCAGCUUCCUGCAGCUGGUGAAGGUGAUCCGGGAGGAGGAGGAGGAGGAGGCCACCUUUGAGAGUGAGAACGCGCCUCCGCCGGAGCGGGAGGAGAGGGAUGGACGCGGCCGCUGGGAGAACAAGGUGGACCACUGAGAAUCCUGACCAGGCAGCAGCGGGUCAGGCGGACUUGACCAGGCCUCGACCAUACGAAGGGUUGAAAGCAAGGCGUUAGAGCUAGUCUUCUUUUUUAUUUUUAAACAAGGUGAAACAAGGUCUCACCCCAGAGCCCAGGCCAGCCUCCAACUCCACAAUCCUCCCGCCUCGGUCUCCUGAGUGCUGAGAUUCUGUGUAGGCAUCAUCACAAAAGCCAGUACAGGCUACACGCCUGUAAUCCCAGCUACUCGAGAGGCAGAAUCGGGAGGAUUGUGAAUACCAAGGAACAAAAUACAAACAGAUGCCAGG